GAGUAUUUCUCAGUCGAAUAAGGAAAGACCACCGCGGUAGUUUCGCUCCCACGCGCGAGGCGUCAGGAUAUCCCGCGCUGGAUGCCAUUCUUCCUCUCUUUUUUACACCAAAUUGACGUCGGCCAGCCUGGGAUCUAAAUGUACGAAUGGAUCACGGAUCACGGAACAGACCCCGCCGAUCCUCGAGGUUUGUACGGUUCGUCGCGCGUCGAAUUGCCGCCACCGCUGCAGCAGCAGCAGCGGCAGCAGCAGCAACCAACUAAAGCAGAUCGGCUAAAACAAGUUGAAAAAACUGUUGUGCUGCCGGAAAAGACACAAAUAAAUUUGAAAAUAAAGACGCGGUUGCGUUGUCGGGAGGUUAUAAGGAUCCGAAGAUGCCUAACCGUGAACGACGCACGGCAACGUCGUGGGCGUUUCGAGGGAGAGCGCGAGCUGUGCAGCACGCGGCGUGUUCUCGGGUUACAAGGUGAAAGAAUAGUUUCAUUGAAUCUGUUCAUGUUCAGUUGUAUAAUCAACGUUUAA